AGUUUUUUUUUUGUAAUUAUGUAAAGUGAAACUAGAUCACACUUAGGAACUAGCAAGUAAUAUUAGUGGAAAUUUAAAUAAAAACAAGUAGUUUUGUGAAUAACUGAUAACGAUAACCUGAGUGAUGUCAAUAAUUAUCAUCAAUGUUAUUAUUUAAUUAUGCGUUCAACUAUACGAAAUAACGGCACGGCAACAUCGCAAUCCUACUUGUUAAAUAUAUUUGACUGCUAUCCGCUUACUUAAGUUAAAACAAGUUAUUAACGAAGUAGUUGUGCAGCUGACACGAAGAACGGACAAUCUUGUUUAUUUACAAAUUUAUUCACAGUUAUCGACAAAAUAACAAAGCGGUUUUUUGAGUGAUUAAAUAUGAAUUUGUCGUUCGCCGGUUGCGGUUUUUUGGGAAUUUAUCACGUAGGAGUGGCUUGUUGUUUUCGUAAAUAUGCACCUCAAUUGUUGUUGGAUAAAAUUUCUGGAGCUUCCGCGGGAGCUAUAGCUGCUUGCUGUUUAAUAUGUGAUCUACCUAUUGGUGAUAUGACUAGUGACGUAUUGAGGGUGACGACAGACGCCCGUAGUCGAUCAUUAGGAGCCUUUUCACCUUCUUUCAAUAUAAAUAAAUUACUUUUGGAAAAUUUAGAAAAAUUUUUACCACAAGAUGCACACAUCAAAUGUACUGGAAAAUUACACGUUUCCUUGACGAGAGUAUGCGAUGGGAAAAAUGUUGUGGUAUCACAAUUUGAUACUAGAGAAGAAUUAAUCCAAGUUUUAUUAGCAUCGGCUUUCAUUCCUUUAUUUUCCGGUCUUAUACCGCCGAAAUUUAAGGGCUAUCGAUAUAUGGAUGGUGGUUACAGUGACAAUUUACCAACUUUAGACGAAAAUACCAUAACCGUUAGCCCUUUUUGCGGCGAAAGUGACAUUUGCCCAAGAGAUGACAGUUCACAACUAUUCCAUAUAAACGUUGCCAACACUAGCAUAGAACUAUCGAAACACAACAUGUACAGGAUAGUAAGGAUUCUAUUUCCUCCGAAACCGGAAAUAUUAUCCAACAUGUGUAAACAGGGUUUCGACGACGCGCUCAGAUUCCUGCAUAGAAACAAUUUAAUUAAUUGCACCAGAUGCUUGGCGGUACAAUCAACGUUCGUAGUUUCGGAAACAUUAGAAGAAGACUUAGAAUACGAUCCGCAAUGUAAAGAAUGUAAAUUACACCGACAGGAAGCGCUUGUAUCUAAUGUACCGGAAUCUGUAUUGAGUCAAUUUCAAGAGGCCAUAGAUAAAGCCAACAAUGGUUUAUUAAAUUGGCUAUUCAAACAUCGAGGAAUGAAAUUAUUGUCAGUUCUAACUUUACCAUAUACGUUGCCAGCCGAUGUUAUGUACGCCACUUUUACGAAAUUUAUGGUGGCAGCACCUCAAUUAGGUAACGGGGCAUGGGAAGUGAGCAAAGUCCUUAUGGACAAAAUGACUUUCCUUCUCAAGAAAAUAAACAGAAAGAGACAGCAACUCAGCGCCAAAAUAACUUGCCAAUUAGAUAUCACCGAAUACGGUAAAAAUAAUUACGACGUCGAAUCUUGCCAAGAAGUGGAAAGCGAAAACAAGAUGAAUCUAAACUUCACCGUACAACUAGAAGACAGAGACUUGCCAAUUAACGAAAGUCCUGUAAGGAAAUUCAAUGCCAAGAAAAUAUUGCAGAGGAAACCGAGUUUGACUAUCAACAGGACUGAAACGAUGGAUAACGAUACUUUCGAUCACAUAUUACAAGUGACGUCGCACCACGAUACAAUCAUGGCUUAUUAUUAUUUGGACGAAAAUAACAAAGUGAAAGUGACGGAAAUAUUUGAUGUAACCGAUAGCGAUUCUCCAAUCGUACAAACUACCGAAGAAAUAAAUUUAAACACGAAUUUGGAGUUCGAUGACGAUUGGACGAAUCAAACGGAUUGGCUGCCAAAUGACCAAUUAGACGAAAAUACAUCAGAAUACGAUUUGGAAGAUAUUCUUGAUAAGGAACCAAUUUUUUCUGAUCCGGAAAGUGAAUGGGGAGGUACUUUCAAAAUAGAAGAACCAGAAGAUGAUGACGAACUGUAUCCUUCGACGAAUACUCUUCCAGAAUCCGACCGGCGAAGCAACAUUGAGACUUUACACAGAUGGGAGAGUAAAGAUUAUUUGGUACCAUCAAUGGUGUAUGAAAACAACAACUAGACCCGGUACCAUAUGAAGACAUUUAUUAGGUAGUACUUACAAGUCAGAAAAUAUACAAGAAUAUAAAUUAAAACAGUAAAAAUCAACAAAAUAAAAUUGAAAUAUUGUGAUUCAACUUUUUUUACCUUAAAUUUAAUAUUUAAGUAAAUUUUUAUGUGCGUACUUGUUUUUUAAUUAUUAAGAUCAUUCCAUGUGAUAUAUUCCAUCUUUAUUAUUCACAAAUUUUUACUUGUACAUAUUUAUUUUUAGUAAAUUGAAGGAAAAUGUGAUACGCUAAAUAUAUUUUAAAAAAUUGUAAAUAUUUUUGUAACAAAGUAUUAUGUUUACCUAGGGAAAGACAUUUGAUUAUUUUGUUUAAACGAUAUUGUUAUAUUAAAUGAUUAAAUAAAGAUGAAAUUAUCUCAUUGCGAUUUCUUAAAGUUCCAUAACAAUUGUCCUAUUCUAUCUCAUAAUCGUAUAUUUACUAAAUUUACGUGUGUAAGUAGGGGUGUGUAUUCCAAAAUUACAUAAUGUACCUACUUACAAUUUUAUCCAAAAUUGUGAGUAAAUGAAUAAACAACUAUAAUUUUAGAUACUUAAAGAAGCCUUAAAACUAUAAACUGUAAUUUAAUCUUCUCCUCAAAAUGUGAAUAAGUAGCAUUCAUAUUUUUGGAUAUUAUUUUUUAUAAUGCUAGUUUAGAAUCGUCUGAGCAAACACUUUUUCUAUUAGCAUCCUCUUUACUUAUUAAUUUUUUUUAAACUAAGCGUUUCAAAGCAAACCAAACUUUUAU